GUCACUCAUGGCCCCGCCCCUCAUUGUCAGUCCCGGGGAGCCGGAGGAGGCGCCGGCCGCCGGGAGCCGAGCGCCGGACCCCUCAGCGGGCGGGAGCGCAGGCCGGAGUCGCCGAGGUCAAGAGGCAGCUGGCAUUGAAAGAUAGUGAGUGUCUGUUUCCAAGACAGCAAGCACCAGGGAGGCACCGGAAGCAUUAACGGGAAGCUUAAAUUACCUAAAUGACUGAUAAUGGUCUCCAGCUGCCAAAGAAGGUUGUGGAUGCCAAGAGAAAGGUAACCAUUUCUCAUCCCCUCGAGUGGAACUGGAUGCCUGUAGGAGCCCACACUGGCUGGCAGUAGACAUGGCUGAAUUUACAAGCUACAAGGAGACCGCCUCUAGCCGCCACCUGCGGUUUAAGUUACAGAGUCUAAGCCGCCGCCUCGAUGAGUUGGAGGAAGCCACAAAAAACCUCCAGAAAGCAGAGGAUGAGCUUCUGGAUCUCCAGGACAAGGUGAUUCAGGCAGAAGGCAGCAACUCCAGCAUGCUGGCAGAGAUUGAAGUGCUGCGCCAGCGAGUGCUGAGAAUCGAAGGCAAAGAUGAGGAAAUUAAGAGAGCAGAGGACCUGUGUCAGCUGAUGAAGGAGAAGCUUGAAGAGGAAGAAAACCUCACCCGGGAGCUGAAAUCUGAGAUUGAGCGGCUUCAGAAACGAAUGGCUGAACUGGAGAAGCUGGAGGAGGCCUUCGGCAGGAGUAAGAAUGACUGUACCCAACUCUGUCUGAGUCUGAAUGAGGAGAGAAACCUGACAAAGAAGAUCUCCUCUGAGCUGGAAAUGCUCAGGGUCAAAGUGAAAGAACUGGAAUCUUCCGAGGACCGCCUGGAUAAAACUGAGCAGAGUUUAGUGUCAGAGUUAGAAAAGCUGAAAUCAUUAACUCUGAGCUUUGUAAGUGAGAGAAAAUACUUGAAUGAAAAGGAGAAAGAAAAUGAGAAACUGAUAAAAGAGCUCACUCAGAAACUGGAGCAGAACAAAAAAAUGAACCGAGAUUAUACAAGGAAUGCUUCUAAUCUUCUGGAAAGGAAUGACCUACGGAUUGAGGACGGGAUCUCCUCCACACUGCCGUGCAAAGAAUCAAGAAGGAAGGGCACUCUGGACUAUCUAAAGCAGGUAGAGAACGAAACAAGAAACAAAUCAGAAAAUGAAAAGAACCGAAAUCAGGAAGACAACAAAGUUAAAGACCUUAACCAAGAGAUUGAGAAACUUAAGACACAAAUCAAACAUUUUGAAUUUUUGGAAGAAGAACUUAAGAAAAUGAGGGCCAAAAAUAAUGAUCUUCAGGAUAAUUACCUAAGUGAGCAAAAUAAGAACAAACUCUUAGCCAGCCAGCUGGAGGAGAUAAAGCUACAAAUCAAGAAACAGAAAGAGUUAGAGAAUGGGGAGGUGGAAGGGGACGAGGCUUUCCUGUCCAGCAAAGGCAGGCACGAGAGGACUAAGUUGAGAGGGCAUGGGAGUGAGGCACCCGUGUCCAAACACACGCCCCGGGAACAGUCCCCUCAGCAUAAGCGGGAGAGGCAUCGAAACAGGGAGUUUGCUCUCAACAAUGAAAACUAUUCCCUGGGCAACAGGCAGGUCUCCUCUCCCAGUUUCACCAACAGGAGGGGAGCCAAAGCUUCCAACGUAGGGGCAGCUGCAGACAGUGGGACUCAGGAGACAAGGAGAACUGAAGAUCGAUACGCACCGGGCUCUUCUCAAAACGAAGGGAAGAAAUCCAGGGAGCAGCCGCCAGUGCUUAGCCGUUACCCGCCCGCUGCUCAGGAGCACAGUAAAGCGUGGAAGGGUACUACUCCCAAGCCAGGUGCUGAGAGUGGGUUGAAGGGAAGAGUGGAGAAGACAACACGAACAUUCAGUGACAAUACCACCCAUGGAUCUGUUCCCAAUGACAUACUGGGUAGAGCUGACAAGGCUUUGGACUCCUCUACUGAGGCCCUCUUUGGCAAGAGGGGGCAGGUACCCGGCAAUGGAAGUCCGUUAAAUCAGGCUGCAGACUGUGGCAGUCCUAAGGGGAUUGGAUCCCUGGCCUCAUCUCGAAGAUCUUCCUCAGAAGGGCUCUGCAAGGGCAAAAAGGCGGCCAGUGGCCCAGAGGUUAAUACCAGUUCCCCCAAUUCCAAGCCUCCACUUUUAUCAAAGUAUUCUUAUAGCUCCAGAAGCCAAGAGAACAUCCUUCAUGGCUUUUCAACCCCAAAUAAAGAAGGCAUUGAUCAACCCGUAGCUGUUGUGAUGGAAGACAGUAGUCAGCACGAGGCCCUGAGGUGCCAAGUCAUCAAGUCCAGUGGCAGAGAGAAGCCAGACUCAGAUGACGAUGUGGACGUGACCUCUCUUGUCACUGCCAAGUUGGUAAACACAACCAUCACUCCGGAGCCAGAGCCCAAACACCAGCCCAACUCUAGGGAAAAAGCCAAAUCCCGAGGAGGGCUUAGAACCUCUCUCUUUGAGAAUGAUAAAGAUGUUGGGACAGAAAAUGAAUCUGUGAAAGCUGUCAGAGCCUCCACCAAUGCCGUGGAGUUCCCAGAUGCCAAUGGCACUGGGGUGAAGAGCCAACGGCCCUUCAGCCCCAGAGAGGCCUUGCGCUCUAGAGCCAUCAUCAAACCUGUCAUCAUUGAUAAGGAUGUGAAGAAAAUCAUGGGAGGAUCUGGAACCGAAUCCACCACGGAGAAGCAGAAAUCCACCUCCAAACCAGGGCCAAACAAGGUGACAAGCAGCAUAACUAUCUACCCCUCGGACAGCAGCAGCCCGAGAUCCACGCCAGGCGAGGCCCCGCGGGAGAGGCACACGUCCACCAGCAACAUCCAGGUUGGGCCAGCAGAGCUCACGUCGGUUAGCAACCACGUCAGCUCUCCCUUUGAGCUCUCCAUUCACAAACAUGACAUUGCCCUGCAGUUCACAGAAGCUGAAAGGACGGGAGACGGGCCCCUGAAGAACAGGCCAGAAACCGUGGUCUCUCGGAGCAGCAUUAUAAUCAAGCCGUCAGAUCCUGUGGAGAGAAACAGCCAUACACCCGCAGCGGAGACAAUCAGGUGGAAAAGCCAUAGUGCCCCUUCAGAAGUGGGCUCUUCGGAUGCCAGACACGUUACUGUGCGCAACGCCUGGAAGAGCAGGCGAGACUUGAACUCUUUAGAAGACCCCCUAGCUCGAAUAGGUAGAAACGUGGAAGCUCCCAAUGCCUACCCCCAGAGGGCCUCCACAGACUGCUCCGACCUCGGCCAGCCCAGGUCGUACCUUUGUGAGCAGGGCGCUCAAAGGGCAGGAAAUUCAGGGGACGCCCCCGAACUCGCCUCCAGAAGGACCCAGAGUAGCCUCACCGUGUCCGAGGUGCUCACUCGUCGGAAUCGGGUGGGAGACGCUGCCACCACUGCAGCCUGGAACCACUCGGCAGGCGCGGAGGAAGGGGACGACUGCGCACUUGGUGCCCACAGGCGACCACACAACUCCCUGGAGCGGUGUGAGCUGCCUGCGAAGCCGGGGCCGUCAGAGCCGGGGCGAGCCCGGGCCGAGGAGCGGUUACGGCCAGCCAGGCCCUGCGCCGAGGACAACUGAGCCGGCUGGGUGAGGUCGGAUGGGCCCCGCUGGCCCGCAAAUGGGGAAAGCUAUAGGAAGCCCUUGUAUCCUCACCACACAACAGCAGCCGAAAGCCCUUCUGUGCUCCUGUGGGUCCGAGGGCACCCCUUCAGCGUGGCUAGUUUCUCAGUCUCCUCACCGCAUCCAGUUCAUUCCUUGUUUGCUCCAGGGGCCUAAGUACCCGCGGAGACUCAGCAGCCAUCAGCUCCACCAGGGGGGUGUCCGCUCCUUUCCCCUUUGGCCUUCCUCAGACUUGUACAGCAGAAGAGGUCCGUGCUGCCUCUAAGGGACUAUGGGACCAAGCUUCAGGCGGAAGCUUCUUGGACAUGGCCCCCUGGCUAAUGAUGGUUUCCUGGGGGCAGAGCACACGGGUACCCACCUACUGGAAUGAUGUCAUCCCUCCCUUCCCCCGGCUCUCUGCUCACCUUCCAAAGGCACCUGGAAGCGCACAAGCCUCACGCAUCUCCUUUCCUGACACCAGUAAUGCUGCUGGCACUGCCCGCUCCUCUCCCUCGCCUGGAGACUUCAGGCCGACUCCGUCGUUUCCACCCUUCAGAAUCCUCCCAGACUAAACUGGGCCUGACCCAGCGUACUCUGCCUUCUAGAAGUGCCCGGCAAGGGGGAAAGUGGGCAGGAAGAAGCAUUUCCCCAGUCACUCCACAAAGCAAUAUUUCCACGGAAGGCACGGACUUUGUUCCUCUUCCUUCGCCCCCCACGGAGGAGGUGUCGCACUUUACAAGCUGAAGCAUUCCUACAGAUCGGGCCCUGCUUUCUGCAGACUAGCAUUACGAUGACUUCACUGGAGGAAAGGUAAUAAAUGCCUACCGAGGGCCCCAGGUGUAUACAAUGUAAAAUGCAACAAACGUUUCAGGGAGCCAGCUAAAAAAAAAAAAAAAUGGACUAGUUUCCUUCUACCAGUCCCCAGGGGCGGAGGGGGGGGCAGUUACAAAGAACCAGAUAUUCUUGGCACUGCUUUUUGUAUAACACUCAGUUCAAAGAAUGGAUCCCUUUUCAAAGGCUACUUUUAAUGGCGCAGACACUGUUCCUUCAUAGUGAGAGCGCAUAACUAGGAGUCAGGAAAGCUGAAUUUUCUUCAUGGCUUUGUACUUUCUUGCUGUGUGACUUUGGGUAAGUCACUGUCCUCUUGGGGCCUCCGUUUCCUUAUCUAUAAAAUGAAUUCUUUGAAAUGGUCUCUAAGGGUCCUAAAUCUGGCAUUCUGAGAUGAUUGUUUACACUGUCCUGUGGGAGCUGAUUCUUUUGGAAAGUAGCAUCCAGAUGGGUUCGGGGAAGGUGUCCGUCCCCGUCCAUUCCCCCCACCCCCACCUUGUUUUUUCUGGGCCUUAUUUUUUCCACGUUUUAACAUCGUGAGAAGUACGCAAAGCUCGGUUGGCCUCGUUUUUCUAUUCUGUGAGAUGAGGGAUUAGAUCAGAUGGCUUCUGUAGCCCUUUCGGCGCCAGCCUUGUCCACUUGGCACACAGUGUCCCCUGGCUUUUGAGACACCAGUUGGCCAUCUCAUGUUGCUGUGCUUUGCGAGCUGUCUUCCCUGCCUGCAACUUAGUGUGGGAAGCAGCACUCAUCACGCCUGUGUCUGCCCUCAGACUUGGCGAUCCUGGAGGUGGCUUGGGGCACACCUAGCUUCCUUUUGGGGACGGAAAAGUUUUGUGCCUCCUUCCAUUUUCUGGAGCAUUGCCAGUCUAAGGGCAUUGCCGUGUAGCUUCUCUUUCCUCCACAACGCUGCCGCAGACGCUCAGUUUAAGAUGCUGUUUUCAAACUCUCUUCCUGCUGCUUUUCUCAGUCACUGGCCAGGAACUCGCUUGCCCAAGGCUGCAAGCUCUCACCUGUAGCCUCCCUGCCAUUCUUCUUCGCUGAUUGGCAACCUUGAGAGUCCAAAGGAAACGGACCUCUGCGGUGGUCAGUUGAGGUUAUAGGAAACUAAGUCUGCGGCUCUUCUCUGCUGAUGGAAACAAAAGGGUGCCAAGCCAUGCCUACAAAGAUUUCGCCAAUAAAUCUCGUCUCUGGGCGUUGGAGCCCUGGAUUCUGGUGCUGUAGCUCCUGGUGCCAAAGUCUGGAUCUUUCCACAUUGCAGCAGCACCAACACCUGCCACCCCCUAGAAUGCUCUGUGGAAGAGGGGCAGCUGUGGUGCCCUCUUGCUGGGGGCUGCUGUCUUAAAAUCUUGAGUGCAAUAGGAUUUGAUUGUAACAGUUAUUUCAGGAUAAAUAUUGUGUUUCCUUAAUCUGCAUACUUUCUAGAACCAUUGUAAAAUAGAUUUUAUUUUUAAAUGUCCUCAGCAUUGCAGAAGAUUCCAUUUGUAAUAGUAAGUGAAGGCUAGAGGCUCAGUUCCUCUGGGUUUCAAGUGGCUGGCAAGGCUGGCUCUCAGAUUCCAAAGUUCAAAGGCACCUUUCUGAAAAGCAACCUCUGUGUGACCCUCUGGACCUCACCGUCAGGGGUCCUGGAGGAAACUUCCACAAAAAGGGGAGACCUGGUAAUUAAAUAGCUGUCCAAUCGACCAAAUAUGCCCACUGUCCCAGCCAACAGACCUGCUUUUAGGACAAGCUUCUGCCGUGGCGUGGCUCGAACCCCAGAUUUUACUGGCAGGUGGAUAGCUGUGGGCGGGUUCCCCACAAGCCUGGGGAGCCUGGCGCUCCAGAAAUGCGUGGUUGGAGAAAAGUAUUCGAGGUGGCUGAAGGCCAGAGGCCGGUCUCUCACCACUCUGGUACUAAAACCACCAGAGAAAGCUGCAGGGGUGGCCGGCAAAGAAGCCAUGGCUGUUUUCGCUAGGCAACGAAACAGCACGGGCUGAAGGGAUCUGCAGUGGGGCCCAGGACUCCAGCCUCCACCACGGGCAAGUCUGCACAUAAACCCUCCCCCCUCACUGGGUGUGGGCAGGGUCUCUGUUGAUCUUGGACCUGUCAUCCUGGGGCGGUUUUACUGCUUUACUUACAUUUUGUGGGUUAGUGCCAAGUGCCACCCCUUCCCAGUAAAGGAGCAGGGAUCCAGGCUCUGGGUCCCGAGCCGCCUCUGUUGACGUGGGGUCCGUUGUUACUCUGACAAGACUGCUUUGGAAGAGCUGCUUUUAGGGAUUAUCUUUUGACUACCCCGGGUGGGGCCCAGGGUUCUCCUCAAAGCCUCACAACCAAGAUCAUAGGAAAGGGGCCCGAUUUUCCUGCUGCUUCACAGCUCAGAACAUGUACUGAAUGGAAUGUAUUUUUAAGAGAAUAAAAAGUCUAUUUUUUUGUAUUUUAAAGAUUGGGAGGGCUGGGGAAGUAGCCCUCAAAAAACUUAAUGCAUCAGAGGCCCCUUUGCUGGGGGCUUUGUCUCUGUCAGUCCACAUCUGCUCAUUCAGGCAGGUGCUCUGCCCCCCCCCCCCCCCCCCCCCCCCCCC